AUUGGGCAUCCCAUACCCAUUGUGGCGCUCUCGAGGGUUUUUGGAGAGGAGCGCGGCGAGAAGGCGAUCAGAUCUGCCGCUCGCCAAUUCGUGCCAUGUCCGAUGCUCGCCUACGCGCUCGUUGGAGUGGGAUGAUGGAGCUCCCGGGACUGGUAAGCGUGGCGCCCGCGCCCUUUGUAGCGAUAGCGGUGUAGCCAGCAGCUGGGGGAAUUUCUACACUAGGAUUUUGGAUUCGUGGUCGCGGGGGCAUGAUCUAGCACGCGCCGGGGGAGAGGAGCUCGUCUAGGUCGCAGCGAUGUUUAUGGUUCCAUCCCCUCCCCGGGCCGCGAAUGCGCCCAAGAAAGUCACGGACAAGACGCGCGUCUACCAGGUGUGGAAAGGAAGCAAUAAGUUCUUCUUGGGUGGAAGGCUCAUCUUUGGACCCGACGUGAGAUCUCUGCUGGUAACUCUCUUCCUCAUCAUCGUCCCGGUUGUGAUCUUCUGCGUGUUCGUCGCGAGCCGGUUACGCGACAAGUUCUCCAAUGACAGGAGUGGGAUUGCGAUACUCGUUGUCACUGUUGUAUACACCGCAUUUGUACUCGUCUUGUUAAUGCUCACCUCAGGAAGGGAUCCGGGGAUCAUCCCCCGGAACCCGCAUCCACCGGAACCCGAGGCCGAGGAAGAGCUGGUUCCGACUUCUCCGACUGACUGGUCUGCCGGUGGUCUCACGCCUCGCUUCAGAUUGCCACGAACCAAGGACGUGAUCGUGAAUGGCGUCUCGGUGAAGAUCAAAUACUGCGACACUUGCAUGCUCUACAGGCCGCCUCGCUGCUCGCACUGCUCUAUUUGCAACAAUUGCGUCCAGCGCUUCGAUCAUCACUGUCCUUGGGUUGGGCAGUGCAUUGGCCUGAGGAAUUAUCGGUACUUUUUCAUGUUUGUCUCCUCGACAACGCUCCUCUGUAUCUACGUGUUUGGAAUCUGUGCGCUGUAUAUCAAGCUCCUCAUGCACGACCACAGCUACACUGUAUGGCGGGCGAUGGGGAAGUCGCCACCAUCUGUACUUCUCAUGGCCUACACCUUCAUUGCGGUGUGGUUCGUCGGCGGCCUUACGUUCUUCCACCUGUAUCUCAUGAGCACUAAUCAGACUACGUACGAGAAUUUCCGGUACCGUUAUGACAACAAAGUGAACCCGUAUAACCGUGGUGUGUUUCACAACCUGUACGAGAUCCUGUGCAGUCCAGUUCCCAAGUCGUUCAACGUUUUCCGUGCCAGAGUCCAGGCCGACGGCUCGCUCCCAUCCUCGACAAACUUGCAGCCAGUAGCGUCCAGCAAGCCUCGCAACGCCGUCAGCUCGGAGCCCGUCAAGGACAUCGAGGCCGGUUCCAAGCCUUCGUGGGCGCUGGGAGGGGAGCACUUGAUCGACGAGGCCGCCUUUGCAGACCUCCACUGCCGAGUGAGCAACGUCGACACGGCCGCGGCAGAAGCCAAGGACAACUUGGGCAUGGAGGACACAUUCGCUCACGCGUUUGGGAGGCUCCCGGUGAUGGAGAGUGGCGGCGGUGGUGGCGGCGGCGGUGGCGGUGGCGAUGCAAAGGGGGGGAUCAUCCAUCCCCGCCGCUCCAGCUGGGGACGCAAGAGUGGCAGCUGGGAGAUCACUCCCGACAUCCUGGGAUUGUCCUCCGGCAUUGCAAGCGAAGGUGGUGGUGGUGCUCGGCCCAACGGAGAUAGCACACCACCCGGGAACCGAUGAUACUACUACAUACACAAACAUACAUAUAUUUCUUGCCAACAAGUUGAGAACUCAAGAUCAAUCUUUUCAGUCCCUGGGUUGGCGGCGUUUGGUUGAAACAGGCCCGAUUUCUCGCAACAAGAAGAAGAAGAAGAAGAAGAAGAAGAAACUUACAAGACCACCCAAACGGCAGUUGGUGUCAGCUGAAAUUGUGAAGCACAAUUUCCUCCUCGGAUUCCUAAAAUAGCUGCGCUGCUGCCAUGGGUUUGUUUGGUUUGGGUUUUGGAUUUCUAGGUAGAGCUACGCGCUGGUAAUCAAAUCAAAUGGAUCGUAGCAAUGGGUUUGAUA